CCUUGUCCAACUUCUCCUUGAGCCACUCGUUACUUACCAGCUCGCGCCUAAUCAUAUUCACUCAACAUGCUGAUCAAGGUCAAGACCCUCACUGGCAAGGAGAUUGAGCUCGACAUUGACCCUGAAGAUAAGAUUACGCGUAUCAAGGAGAAGGUCGAGGAGCAGUCCGGUGUGCCGCCACAGCAGCAGAGGUUGAUUUUCAGCGGGAGGCAAAUGCCGGAUGAUAAGAGCGCAAAGGACUUCAACAUUACCGCUGGCGCAGUCCUGCAUCUUGUUCUUGCUCUCCGUGGCGGCUGCUGAAGCCACCUAUGGUUCUAGGACUCAUCCGACCUGCCUGUAUCCACUAUCUACCAACUAGCACAAGACCAUGAAUCCAAUGUACCACCCCGUCGUCCCCUUAGAUCCAACUAAUCUACUGCUCGUCUGCUGACCCCCC